AUGGCGUCGGAGGAAUGGCAGCAGUGUGCGAACUGGCUAGUUCGUUGUAAAAUAUUGCCAGAGGAUCACCGUGCAACACUUCCGGAUGCUGAAAUAUUUGAUCUAGCACAAGCUUUGAGAGACGGUGUUUUAAUAUGUCAUUUACUUAACAACUUAUCGACUGCGUGUGUGGACGUCAAGGAUUUCAGCCCUCGUCCGCAACUUUCCCAGUUUUUAUGCCUGAAGAACAUACGAACCUUCCUACAGACAUGUAAGAGAGUGUUUGGUCUGCGGGAUGCAGACCUGUUUGAACCACCAGAUCUCUUUGAUGUCAAAGACUUCCGAAAGGUUUUGAUGACACUUUCUCACUUGUCAAAAACAGAAAUUGCACAAAGCCGGUAUAGCGGUUUCCCACCAAAUCACCGAACACAUAGAGCACCUCCCCUUCCUGUGGAAGAUGAUGAUGAUGAAGAUAUCUACGGCAACCUUCCUCGAAUGGCACUUGAAAAUGAUCUAGACGAUAAUGAAGAAAUUUAUGACAAAGUUUAUCAAGAUGACGAUGAAGAAAUUUAUGAGGACUUGUGUGCUCGGAGACACAAAAGAGGCUCGCAUCCUGUAACUCCCUCAGAGUUACCUUCCCCUGUUACAAAGCUUGACUACUGUGUGAAGGAAAUCCAUGACACAGAGAAAAACUACGCAGAGGCCCUGACCAUGUUAGUGCAGCACUUUAUAAAGCCUCUAAGGGAUGUGAUACCUGCUGCUGAUCGAGACGUAAUAUUUGCACACAUAGAGAAAUUGUUAGAGAUUCAUAAAGGCUUGCUGGUUGAGCUACAGUUAUCCUGUCGUCAAGCAUUCUCUACCACUGCUGGCUCUCCAGCUCAAAUUGCUGAGGUUUUCAUCAAAUGGAAGUCAAAACUUCUAAUUUAUGGUGACUACUGCUCGAACCUUCCUAAGGCUCAGGAAAAAAUAGAUGAAAUUCUCAAGCGAAGUGAAACAGCUAUUAAAGCACAAAUAGAGAGCUGUGAAAAACGUGCAAAUGAGGGCAAAUUUAAGCUACGUGAUUUAUUACAUGUUCCUAUGCAGCGGGUCUUGAAGUAUCAUCUCCUUGUCAGGGAGCUGAUGCGACAGACAAGCAAGAAUUCAGAAGACAGUCGUACACUUGAGGCUGGCCUCGAGGCUAUGAUGGAUUUGUCACUGUAUGUGAAUGAAGUGAAAAGGGACAACGAAACUCUUCUCUUGAUAUCGGAGAUACAGAACAGUAUUGGUGAUUUACAAAUGCCGCCCAACACUUCAUUGAAGGACUAUGGCAGACUUCAGAAAGAUGGUGAACUGAAGGUGAGGAACCACCAGGACAACAAAAUGAAGACCAGAUAUAUUUUCCUGUUUGAUAAAGUCAUGCUCAUGUGCAAAUCAAAGAUGAUGGAUAAAUUUUUGUCGGGAGAGACAUAUAAUUACAAAGAAGCGAUCAUUCUAGCCACCUUCAAAGUAGAUGACAGCCUGUUGACGAAAGAAACACAACUGAAGCGAGGCGACAAGUGGAAUUGUCCAUUCAUCAUGGUGAAGAAAGAAAACAAAUCAGCAUACACAUUCUAUGCCAAAACAGAAGAUAUGCGAUUAAAAUGGAUAGACGCCAUCAAAUUAGCCUUAGAAAACACACAGCCUCCAGAUCACCCAAACUUUGUGAUGCAUACGUUUGACAAGCCAACAGAGUGUUAUGUGUGUUCAAAACUUUUACGAGGUGUGUUUUUCCAGGGAUAUUGGUGCCAAGAAAAGAAACAUGGUGUUCACAAAGAAUGUAUAGGAAAGGAAAGAGAAAGAGGAGCCGGUGCUUCAGUACCACCGAUCCCUCCGCGAGUUGUUGAACUGAAAGAGUCACGGAGACUCAGUCGGGUAAAGGCACUCUGUGAUUACAUAGGACAGCCAUCUCCUGGAGCAGGAAGACCUGUUCUAUCAUUUCGGAAAAACACGCUUAUAGAUAUUAUCAACAGUACAGACCCACAAUGGUGGAAGGGCAAGACAGAGAAUAUGGAGGGCUGGUUCCCCCAACACUUAGUGAAAGAAGAAAAGCUCAUGCGGAAGGAUUCCUAUGUGGACGUACAGAUAAACGAGAAUGGACGAGUAACAUCACCUCCACGGCCCCACACCCACGGGGGUGAGGGAUAUGUCAACAUAGAGGACAGGGGUCUCACAACAUACAAGUGGUUUGUGGGUAACAUGCAGAGGGAUACUGCAAUAGAACGACUGAAAGGGCUACAAAACGGGACCUUCCUUAUACGAGUCAGCGAGAACCCAGGGCGAAAGGGUGAGCUCUCCCUUAGUAUCAAAUAUGAUAACCAAGUACGCCAUAUCCGAGUGGAACGCAAUGCAGAAAAUUACUUUUUCUUGGCGGAUACCAACUUCUUUAAAUCCUUGCCUGACUUGGUGGAGUAUUAUCAGCACAACUCGCUCAAGGACAGCUUCCCUGGUGUUGAUACAACUCUUGUUUUUCCUUUCAAGACACAGAUAGGUGGUGCUACAGGACCAGGGCCGCGUUGCCUUGGUUAUGCAGAGGCAGUAUAUGAUUAUGCUGCUACCGCUACUACACAGCUGUCUCUGUGUCGUGGGGACAGAGUGGCCAUAUACAGCAAAACAGGAAGUGACAAAGGCUGGUGGAAAGGAGAGCACUGUUCCUCACACAAAGUUGGUUACUUCCCACUGGCAUAUGUUAGAGAAGAGGAGGAGGAAUGAUGGCAAUUUGACCUUGAUAACUGACCUCCAAUGGUCUCAAGAAAUGAAGCACCCCCUGCUGUUGAAAUGAAAAAUCUGUUAUUCAGGGGAGACAAUCAGUGGGAAUAUUCAAACUGCCCAUGUAAUGGGUCAUCUGCUUAUGUAUUGUGUGAAUAUUGGAUUAAUAUCCCAUAAUUUAUAAUAUUCAUCUUAGGUAACCACCUAAAUAUCUGUGUUUAUGGAUAAUGUCUGGAGGUUACCACAGCUCAAAGCUAUGUAAACUCAUGUGUUUUACAAUGUACAUAUGCAGACAUUCUCACCUGUGACUACAUUUGGAAAUGUGGGACAUCAUCCAUAUAGUUUGUGAUCUGAUUGACACACUCCUGACAGGCUGUGACGUAUGACAGUAAAAACAAUAUGUGACAUAACACAGAUUAUGUGUCUAUGUAGAGAUUAUGCGGGACACAGUACAGUGUUUUUGUGACAAUGAUACACAGAGCAUUAUGAAAUGUAAAACAGAUUUUGUGAAGUAAUGCCCGGAGCAUUCUGACAAGUCACAAUGAUUGUGUUAAAUGGCACUGGGACAGUGUGAUAUUCAUGUGUCCACAACUGAUGGCAAUAACAGAUACAAGCUGAACUUUUCAUGUGAGGAAGUUGUUAAGCAUUGACUGUAUUCAUGUGUGAACUAAUAUGCUAAUAUCCAAUAAUGCUAGCCUGCAGAUAUAUUCCAGCAUCACGUCUCCGACUCACCCAAUCAGUCUUGUUUCCCCCCGUUUCUCAUUGCACCUGGUAUUCAGGAUGCUGUGGUGAGGAAGUGUUUUAUGCCAGUAGAUAUAUAUGCGAGUAGUAACCGGGAAAUCUACUACUCAUUCAGUAAUCGGGAAGGAAUGUUAUUCCUUUCGCAGAGUACCACGACAGUUAUACAGUGUCAUAUGUGUACAUAAACUUAAUAAGGACAUGUGAUGCGACAGAAUAUCUCAAUACUUUCUCUGGUGCUUAGUAUUGGAUUUCUGUUGGACUAUAUACAGAAUAUAAGACAUAAACUUUUUUGAAUACUUAACAGAGUAACCAUUAUUUAAGAUUUACAUUGAACCAUUUCCAGAGAUUUUGUAAAUAUGACCAUUACAAAAUGCCCUUUCCCUAAACCCAAGUCACAAACCAGUGAAUGUUGUGAGGAUGGGUGUUGUCGACAGUGCUAAAUAGUGCUGACAUAUCACAAAUGUGCUAUAUAUAUAGAUAUUUGUUAUUAUAUAUAUAUAUAAAAAGUGUGUGGACAAUGUAUAUAUAUUUCCUGACAUAACUGGUCCUUCAUAUACUAGAUAUAAAAUCCACAGUUAUCGAUCUGAACUAUCAUUCAUUAGAUAUACAAAGUUUUGCAAGCAUAAUCCUAAAGGAUAGAUGGUAUCACUUUUCAGGUAUUUGACCCUUGGGGUCAUGACCAAGGCCAUUGAAUUUCAUCCAUUGUCUUACACUCUCUGCUGUGUUUAGACAGUUGAAUGAAUUUGAACAAAUCUAGCAAGAAUAAUCCUUAUGGUUUACAAAUUUUGACUUUCUUUUAAAAAAAUGAUGCAUUGCUGCAGAAAAACCACUGCUAAGUGAUAUUGUGUGUAAAUAUCUUGACUAGAUGGUAAAGAAUGAAUGAAUUAAUUUAAAAUUGAAUUGAUAUGAGUAAAGGUUUUAACUUAUAUAUCUCACCUUUAUUAGAAAGACAGCUCUAACCCCCAUCCCCCCACCCCCACCCCCUCUUACUUAAUACUCAUCUGAGAUAACCACUUAACAUCUGUAGAUGUACUUAGUGAGCUGGUACACUGGUGCAGUGUCAAUGGUUCACCUGUUCAGUGUCAACAUUUUUCUCUCUAAAAUUCCUGUCAAUAAUCCAUAGGGCAAGUAGCAUGUUUAGCAAGAGUGAGGAGUUUUGAAGUUUGUGCAAAUGAAUGACCUAUAUCCACUUCCAUAGUCACAAGGAUCAAAUUUGUUUAUAUUUCUUAAUAUCGAAAAGGCCCACUUGCAUGAUACUUGGCCAGUAGCAUGCUUUGGUGGUGGGUUAAAACUUGAUUCAAAUGAAUGACCUUGACCCAUUUUUAUGGUCAUGGGACAAAUGUGUCAAAUCUUCAAAACAGGUUACCACUACAGGCCCAUUGAGCCUCUUGUUACUUGUUUGUCACAAUAUUUACGAUAUGGACAUACAUAAUUAUUCACAUGGAACAGACCAGAUAUAUAAAGAUGUAAACACAAAGUCAAAUUUUUACAUAUGUUUAGGAUAAAUUUGAUAAUGAUAGGUAACAUGAUUUUGAAUAUGAUUAUGUCUUGCAUAAAUAAAACAAUGAAAAUUUUGAUAAUAAAUAUAUAUUUGCCUGACUGCUAUCAUUGGUCAGAAAGAUCCCUUUUAUCAUUAUAGGACAUUUAUAUACAGAAAUAAUGGACAAAUAUUGACUUUUUAACCUUCUGCAAUUCCAUCAGUUUUUUAUGUAAGCACUUUCAUUCUGAUAGUAAAUUUUUAAUGCUGAAUCGUUUUGAAUUUUGAUUGGCAAUGUAAGCUUUGCAGGACAAUGACUAUUUAAGCCAUAUAGAUUUUAAACCAUGUUCAGGACUGUUAUUAUAACAGAUAUGUUGUAAGGAUGUAUAAUACACAUGAUCUACCAGUAUAACAAAAAAACCUAUCAUGUAUUUGGUUUUUCACUGAUCGUGAUAUGUCGGUAUACUGGUUCACCAUGUAUAAUAUUACAUACUGCUUAAAACCUGUUCAUAGUGAACCUCUUAAAAAACCAUUGAACUAGCAACAAAAUGAGAUUAUUAAUUUCUAUAUGUGACUUAAGACAGAAAAAUGCUAGUUUUCAGUGAUGAAUGAGAAACCAUUCCCAGGGGAAGUGAAAAUCACUUCAGCCCGGAGUUCACUACAGCUAUUGUUUACUAUUACAUUGUAUUAUACAGCGUAAUACAUUGUUCUCUAUUAUUAUAAUAAAUACAAUCUUCAAAUACAA